AUGGCUGCGAGGCACGAUGAUGUCCAGAUGAUUGAGAAGAUCCUCUCAACCCCGGGGAUGAAGGCGGACACCUUCGAUGUGCGCGGUCGCACUCCUCUUCACUUCGCCGCCCAGCACGGAUGCUCCCGGUCGGCGGAGCUGCUGCUCAAGCGCCAUGCCAGCCCUCAGAUCAAGGGGGCAGACGGCAAGACACCGCUCAGCCUCGCAAUCGAGAACAAUCACAAUGAUAUCGUCUCGAUGCUGCUG